AUGAUCAUAUGUGCGGCAACCUACAGGAUAUGGACUCGCACUCUCUGCACCAAGUCUUCAGCCGAAGUUGCGACGGUUCUCGGUGAGCUCUUGGAUGAGAUUUCGCCCAGUGUCUGUCUGGUUGACGGUGGGAAAGAAUUCGCCAAUUUGCUUGUACCUGCUGCUGCUGUCACCCCUAAUGACUUGUAUCUUUCCAAGGGUUCUACAACGUUGCUACCCGGUGGAGCUGCUGAUCGCCCUCUAUCGCCCGCUGCCGAGCACUUCAUUGAGGCGUUUGAGGCUAUUCCCCCCUCCGAGCUGGCCUCUAAGGUAAACAACAACGUAGCUCAAGUUGCUGCAGCUGUACGAGAAUCUCUUGGGAUAAGCUUGAAGCUGUAUCAAGCCAAUUGGGAACUUAGACGAGCAGCAUCGCGCAGGUCAUGGGCUCUCUCUUCGGUUGGUCGGCGUGUCGGCCCUAUUGAGCUCGGUUCCUGGGUCUACGUUUGGCGGCCAUCCCACUACAAGAUUGCCACAAAUUGGAUGGGUCCGGCCCGUGUUAUGGCUGUACGUCCUGCUGACACCUAUCUUGUUUAUUGGUUGGGAUUGAGAGAUGAUGGUGCCGAUGGAAGAUCGUCUACUGAGUCUGGUUACAACCUGAUGCCUAUUCGCCAGGCUACUGUACUCGCAAAUCUCAACGAUCGCUACAACAAGAUCAUCUUGAGAGCUGCUGCCGUGCAACGUGCACUUUCGGCCCGUCAGCAGAUUGUACGUCAACCGGUUCUACCUACCCCUCAAGACAUCUACAAUGCUGCUGCUCCCAACAGCCUACUGUACCAGGCUGUUAGCAGAUAA